GAUUAUAAUAGUGAGGAAAGCACCAUAAAAGAAAAUUAUGCCUAUAUCAUUGAUUUGGAUAAUAUAUCGGAACAAACUAAACCUGCAUUCUGCUCAAUUGACGCCUGGAAAACUAUCAUUUCCUCCUCAAAUAUAUCAACAAGUCUACCUUCUUCUAUAGAGGAACAAAUUGACAAUUAUUUAAAAGAUAUCAACUUUGAACGGAUCCCAUUCCCUAGUUAUAUUCAAGGAACUCAUGGAUUUAAAUUGAAUAUUGUAGGGGAGAGAUUUCAAGUUUAUCUUCAACUACCCGUCGAAACUUUAAUCUAUCAGAAGGAAAAAGAUGAUGGAUCGAAUCUAAGUCAGAUUGUAUUAGGUCUAUUACAUCCAGAAGGAGAUAAGGUCAAACUUGAUCGGUGUAUGAUAGAUGUUCUUAACAACCUUCUUGAAGAAUAUAAAACAUGUGAAUUUACACUGGCUAAGGAAUUCAAGGUAUUUGGGUUUCAAAUAAAAGACGAGUUAAUCAAAUCAUUAGGUGUUUUGCAAAGACUUAAAAUAGCAAAGGCUCGCAAGCCUGAUCCUAUUGAUCCAGUCAGUUCUUAUAUAUUGCGUUUACCACCUUCAUAA